AUGUCGGAAUCUUUGAUCUUCCGUAAUUAUCUAAUCAGGAUUUGUCUUCGCCCAUCCUCCGGCGUGCCACGAAGACUUAUGAGUAUCGUGGGAGGUGGCGGCGGCGGCAGAGGUGGCGGCGGCGGCGGUGUAGCGGCGGCGAUGGCGGUGGUAGCAGUGCAGGCGGCGGCGGCGGGCCGGCUUUUACGCGAACGCCCUGGGAGGCUGCCAUCGGAGCGGCCGGCGGGGACUGCUGCUGGUGCUUCUGAUGCUGUGGCAGAUGCUUCUGUUGGGGAUUCUGUUGUUGCUGUCACUGCUUCCGUUGGCGCUCCUGUUGCUGUUGAUGUUGAUUGCAUAACAGGAGCUGUUGCUGGUGACUCCGUUGUUGCUGUAACAGAUGCUUCCAGACCAAAGGCAAGAAGCGGCUGGUGA